AUGUAUCUUAGGUGCAGAUGUGGUGGUACUGGUGCCUGUGGUGGUUGUGUGAUGGUACUUUUGGUGGCUGUGGAUGUAGUUAUGGUGGGUAGUGGUGUUGAUGGUGGUGUUGUGUUAUUGUUAUUGUUGGUGGUAGUGUGGUGGUGUGAUGGUUUUGGCAGUAGUGAUGGUUAUAGUGGUAGUGAUGGUUGUGGUGGUAGUGUGGUUGUGCUGGUAGUUAUGGUUGUGGCAGUAGUGAUGGUUGUGGUAGUAGUGAUGUGUGGUGGUGGCGGUAGUGAUGGUUGUGGCAGUAGUGAUGGUUGUGGCGGUAGUGAUGGUUGUGGCGGUAGUGAUGGUUGUGGCGGUAGUGAUGGUUGUGGCAGUAGUGAUGGUUGUGGCGGUAGUGAUGGUUGUAUUGGUAGUGAUGGUUGUAGUGGUAGUGAUGGUUGUGGCGGUAGUGUGGUUGUGGCGGUAGUGAUGGUUGUGGCGGUAGUGAUGGUUGUGGCGGUAGUGAUGGUUGUGGUGGUAGUGUGGUUGUGCUGUGAUGGUUGUAGUGGUAGUGAUGGUUGUGCUGGUAGUGAUGGUUGUGGUGGUAGUGAUGGUUGUGGUGGUAGUGAUGGUUGUGGCGGUAGUGAUGAUGGUUGUGGUGGUAGUGAUGGUUGUGGUGGUAGUAAUGGUUGUGGUGGUAGUGUGGUUGUGGUGGUCGUGAUGUGUGUUGGUGGCGGUAGUGAUGGUUGUGGCAGUAGUGAUGGUUGUGGCAGUAGUGAUGGUUGUGGCAGUAGUGAUGGUUGUGGCGGUAGUGAUGGUUGUGGUGGUAGUGUGGUUGUGGUGGUAGUGAUGGUUGUAGUGGUAGUGAUGGUUGUAGUGGUAGUGAUGGUUGUGCUGGUAGUGAUGGUUGUGGUGGUAGUGAUAUUGUGGUGGUAG